AGCCGGAAGCGGCCGUGACGCGGCGGAGCAACAUGGCGACCCCCGAGUUCCUCCGCGGAGCGGAGCUCCUCAAGCAGGGAGCAGAGGCCCGCGUGUACCGGGCCCGGUUCCUGGGACGACCCGCCGUGCUCAAGGAGCGCUUCCCGAAGCGCUACAGACACCCCGACCUGGACGAGAAGCUGACGCGCCGCCGGACGGUGCAGGAGGUUCGGUCCAUCCUGCGGUGCCGGAGAGCAGGCAUCGCUGCCCCAGUGGUUUACUUCGUGGACUACACCACCCACUGCAUUUUCCUGGAGGAAAUCCUGGACUCGGUGACGGUGCGAGACCACAUCGCGUCCUCUCACCCGGCUAACUCCGGGGAGGAGCCGGAUCUGGACUGGCUGGCCGUGAAGAUGGGCCAGAUCCUGGGCAGGAUGCACGACGAGGACGUGGUCCACGGAGACCUGACCACCUCCAACGUGCUGCUGAAGCGCGGCCGAGAGGACGCCGCGUCCCACCUGGUCCUCAUCGACUUUGGCCUGAGCUACAUCUCUGCGUUGCCAGAAGAUAAGGGGGUGGACCUGUACGUCCUGGAGAAGGCCUUCCUCAGCACUCACCCCAACACAGAGUCGCUGUUCCAGAAGCUCCUGAAGAGCUACGCCGCAGCCUCCAAGAGGUCACCGGCGGUGCUCAAAAAGCUGGACGAGGUCCGCCUGAGGGGCAGGAAGAGGUCCAUGGUGGGAUAAUGGUCCAUCCGUCUGCAACGCUGCACGUUUACAGAGGACAUUCUAGGACUUUUGUCGGCUUGUUUAAAACAUGUUUUUUCUCAUAAAAUAAAACCAAAACAUGGUAUGGUAAUU